CACAGAUAUGGAGAUGAUGGAGAUGGCAAAGCAAAUCCUGAAAGGCAUCACUGACAACUUAGACCAAGACAUCAUGAUGCACAAAGAUAUAAUUUUAAAAAUAAGGCAAAUGAAUGAGGUCACUGGGAAAAAAGUAACUAUAAGAAUUUUUGGGAAAUCGGGAGAAGGAAAGAGCUCUCUGUUAAACGCAGUUUUGGGAAAAAAGGAUCUGUUGCCAUCUGGCUGUUUUGGUGCAUGUACAGCUGUUAUAACUCAGGUGGAAGCAAAUCUGAGUGACUCCAACUACAAAGCAGAGAUUGAAUUCUUCUCUAAAGAGGAGUGGGAGAAAGAGCUUCAAGAUCUUUUUAAAGUUUUAUCGGAUGACAGUGAGGACAAGAAUGAGGACAUGAUUCAAAUUGCUGUUGAAAAGAUCAAUUCAUUAUAUGGAGAAAAUGCAGAUAAGAAAACACCAGAAGAGCUCAAGAAUCAUAGCACAUCUGUCAAGAUUGAAGAAUAUUUGUCCAUGAGUAAGAAAAUGAUUUCAACCAGUGAUGUUUCUGAAUUUGCCAACGAAGUUGCAUGUUACAUAAUGCAUAGUGAGGCAAGUCCUGGUGGCUGGUAUUGGCCAAUUGUGAAGAGCGUGACCUUUAAGGUUCCAGAUUGUUGUGAACUCUUGCAGCACAUUGUCCUUGUUGAUGCAGGGACUGGAGACUGCAAUAAGAUCAGAGAUGACCUCUGGAAAUCUAAACUAAGAGAUUGCUCUUCUGUGUGGGUUGUAAGUGCCAUCAAACGAGCCACUACUGAUAAAGGUCCAUGGGAGAUGUUAAAGCACUGCAUUGAAGAGCUGGGACCUGGAGGAGAAUGCAAAAGCAUAAACUUCAUCUGUACAAUGACUGAUGACAUUAAUCCAAAACCCUAUUGCAGAUCAGCACGGCUUCCUGACACGACUCCGAUAGCAGACUGCAUACUUUACAGAAAUAACAGUACCAAGAAAAAAAUGAAAGAAAAAUUUGAACAUUUGAAUCCUGGACUCAAAAAACUGAUGGAGAAAUUCAGCAUGGAUGUUUUUACUGUAAGCUCCAAGGCUUUCUUCGAGCAGAAUCCAGUUGUGAAAAAACCUGACACAGAAAUCCCAAAGCUGCAGGAUGUUCUGAAGAAUCAUAACAGGAGCAUCAACCGAGAACUGGGCAGAGAUUAUGUCAAUGAAGCCAUGGGAGUUUUGUCCUUGAUACAAAGUUUUCUACCAAGUACAGAUGAAGCAUUGAUAAAAACCAUAUUCCAUGAUGACCUAAAGAAAAAUCUAAAUGAGGCACUGAAUGAGCUGGAUUGUCAGUUUGCUUUCAUUCAAAAUAAUCUGGAUCAAUGUCUUUCAAAUGGUGUAUUAGAGUCAGUGGAACAAUGUCUUGAGAAUGCAAGGGCAGAACUGAUUGAACGUAAAACAGAUAAUAGAGGAUAUCAUAAAAUUCUUAAAGCUUUGUGCAAGAAUAAUGGCCAUUAUUGGUCAAGAAACUGGGAUGAGACCCUAGACCUCAACAAGUGUUUGGCCCAUCCCAUGAAGAAAAACAUAUCUGAAGAGUUCUCUAUUAUUUUUUCUCUCAAUGAAAAAUCUGGAAAAUCACUCCAAGAACAUCUUGAUAAAUUCAGUAUAAUCCAAAGAGACAAAACAUACCCCAGAUCUUCAAUGUUUCAUCACAUUCAGAACUUCAUCAAAACUCAGGAAACCAAACUGAAGGCUUCAUGCAGCAGAGAAAUCCUUGAGAAAAAGAAGGAAAUGUACGCCUCAAUUGAAAUUACCAUCCAGACAAAAAUGACUCCUUGCUAUGGAAAAGCGGCAAAAGUAUCAGGAAAAGGAUCAUUCAUGAAAAUGCAGAAGAUUCUUAAAGAAACAAUUGAGUCAUUAAAAGAAGAAAUGUUCAGUGAGGUUAAAGAGGAAGUGCUUAAAAAAUUCAGAACCUUGAAGUGGUACAUAAAGGAUUACCUGGAAUCUGAGCUGAACAAAUCAAUUGAACUCUUUCUUCUCACAACCAACACAACUCUUUUUGAUGUUUCCAGAGAGAUUGAAGAUCUUGAGAAACUUUCAAAUCAGCUGUCUGAAUGAAGUCAUUGAGAGAAGAAAUGCACUAUUCAAGGGAUGUGGAAUGUGGGACAGAUUGUUGGUAGUUUUGUUAUUUUGUAUCUAAACUAAAGCAUGCCUUCUUAAUAGGUUAUUUCAUAUGAAUUUGUUAUGGUCCUGGUUUGUCUUUUUUGGUAGCUAUUUUUUACAUUUUAAGUGUUCUAAUUUUUAAGCAUGGUGUAAAAAAUUAUAUCUUAUCAACAUAUAUUUUUACUUUAACAUAACAAAUUAAAUUAAACAAUUUCAACUUGUUUUUCUAAGUUAUGUCAACUUAUCACAAGUCAAAACUUAAAAAGUAGGUUGAUUUGAAUUUUUUACAGUGAUUUUUGUUAUUCUGGAGGUGUUUUCUGGAGGUGUUUUACUUGCAAAUGACCCUAUUCCUUAUUACUUGGUUAAAGGCUCUCUAAGCGAAUUGACGCGUUUUAGACCAUAAAACAUUUUUUGUUACAUACAGCAAACAUCUCCUCACUAUCUGCUUGCUGCCUGUCCGCUGAUCAAACUUUAAAAAAACGCAAUCUCUGUAGACAGCCCAGACUCUACAAACUUCAAUAUAAACACAGUGGCCAAACCUGCACCACAAAACAAAACAAAGUGUUCCAGCCAAUAAAACACAAGAAGGAUUUGGGGGUGGGGUUUGGGCGCGUUCAUGAAAGCACGGAAGGGAGGGGGAGGAGUUAACUACGCUCAGUUUGUUUGAAAACACAUUUCAAAAAUCAACACACCGAUUCGCUUAGAACGCCUUUAAAGUUAUAUGAUAUCUAGUGAUGUCAUUUUUUGUUACUGUGUAGCUGGAGUCAAGUUUAUAUAAAGGCUUUGCCUAAUUAUGGCCAAUAGGGGUUAAAACAUUGCAAGUGUUUAUAGACUUUUCUGUUUAGCCUUGCAAUCAUGUUUUAUGUCUGUUUUGGGACAAUGAUACUUCAUAACUUUCCACAAAAUAAAUGUGAAAAAAUGUGAUGUAUAAAAGGUUUUCUAAACAGCCAUCAUUAUAAUUGUCAUGUUUGAUUAAUAAGCAGUGUGAAGUGGGACUGGGUAUAAUUAGAAUUUUGUUGAAUUAUUUAUAUUUAAU